AUGCUUUGUAACAAUGAUCCAUGGUCAAUAAACAUUUGGGCUGAUACCAACACAAUCAGCCACCCUAUUUUUUGGGUGCAUGCCAGUUCAAAAAUGACCGCCAUCCUCACCCAAAUGCCCCGUCUCUCCCAGCCACCAUUCCGAACCACGACCCUCCACUUUCUCAAACGCAGUUUAGCCACCAUGGGAGCGGUCGAUAUGCCCGGUUUCCCCUUUAAAAGGGCCUCCGGACUUGAUCCUCCAGCUGAGUUUGCCAAGCUGAGGAAGACGGAUCCGGUGUCGAAGGUGAAGCUGUUUGAUGGGUCACCGGCGUGGCUGGUGACAAAGUACAAGGAUGUUUGCCAGGUGGCUACUGAUCAGCGGCUGUCAAAGGAAAGAAGACGCCCUGGCUUCCCGGAGCUGAAUGCCAAUGGGAAGCUCGCUGCGAAGCAGAGACCUACCUUUGUGGAUAUGGAUCCCCCGGAGCAUACCAAGUAUCGUGGCAUGGUCGAAUUCGCCUUCACGACAGAGCACAUCGACUCUUUGAAGCCCUACAUCACCAAGACAGUCACGGAUUUGCUUGACAAGAUGAAGAGCAAGGGGUGCUCCUCUGGCCCGAUGGAUCUGGUUCAGGAGUUCGCUUUGCCUGUCCCAUCUUACAUGAUCUACACCAUCCUCGGAGUCCCUUUUGAAGACCUCGAGUUUUUGACCCAACAAAAUGCCAUCCGCACAAACGGUAGCUCAACGGCCAGAGAAGCAUCUGGUGCCGCACAAGAGCUCCUCAAGUACCUCACCCAACUCGUUGAGAAGCGUCUUGAGUCCCCUAAAGAUGACCUCGUCAGCAGGCUGGUGACAGAGCAAGUCAAGACUGGGAAUCUGAGCAAGGAAGAUGCGGUGCAAAUGGCGUUUUUGCUGCUUGUUGCUGGGAAUGCUACGAUGGUGAACAUGAUUGCUUUGGGCGUGGUAACCCUCUUCCAGAACCCUGACCAGCUUGCUGAGCUCAAGGCCGACCCAGAGAAGUGGGCGGGUCCGUUUGUUGAGGAGCUGUGCCGGUACCAUACUGCGUCUGCCAUGGCCAUGAAGAGGACUGCUAAGGAGGAUGUGGAGAUUGGUGGCAAGAUCAUCCGCGCCGGAGAGGGCAUCAUCGCCUCGAACCAAUCAGCCAACAGAGAUGAAGACAUUUUCUCGGACCCCGAAAGAUUCGACAUGCACCGUAAGUGGGGACAGGAAUGUGCCCUGGGGUUUGGGUUUGGUCCACACCGGUGUAUCGGGGAGCAUCUGGCAAAAACUGAGCUGAUGACUGUGUUUGCCACGCUGUUUGAUAGGGUUCCGAGCUUGAAGCUGGCGAAGCCAAUCGACGAGAUUGAGUACACGCCUUUGGAUCGGGACGUGGGGAUUGUGAAGUUGCCUGUGAGUUGGUAGAUGGUAUCUACAAGAUUUGGGGUUGGUGGCAAGGUAGAAGAUCAAUGCAUGUUGGCUGGCGGGAGGGUCUCUGACGAUGCGAACCUCAGUUAUUUCUGAAGAUUUUUCAAUCUGACUCAUAAACUCCUUGGCUAAGUGGCCUCGAUCAAAGCCAGUUCAGUCGUCAAACCUUGGAAGGAUGUCCUGACGCUGCCUGUUGAUCAUGGACACAGAGGGGUCCUUCAUAGUGUAUGCGCGACAGAACUAAACACAUCCUGGGUGGCGAGUCAAUAAUCAUGUACAUACUCAUAAAGGUUCACCGGAGGAUAAAGUCGGGUCUUUUUCCAUAUCUCGAGCCCCACUUACAACAUCAGUGAGCUAUGUCAAGAGCAUUGCCUU